GUGACUUUGCUUCUAUAUUUGAUCCGAUAAAAUAUCAUGCAGUUAUUGACGCGAUCAACGAGUUUGCUGGCUUGGAUGAAGAAUCUGGGUAUUAUCAAGUCCCGUCUAGAGCUUCCGAAAUUACUACCAAUAUUAACAAAAUGGGACAGAUAUAUAUUAGUGAAUGUAUUAUUAACAACGAAGAUGAAAAAAAACAAAAGGUUGAAAACUUUUUACUUCUAUGCAAACAAGGAUUUGCCAACAUCAUUAAUAGAACUGUGAUGGAAACCAGAAUAAUGCAACAACGUCAAAAAGUUAUCGAACUACCUCGAACAGACGAUAUACAGCGAUUAUCUGAGUAUUUAGAUAAAAAAAUCAGCAAAAAUCGUAAAAAAUUGAAGACCAACUUUAGUAAACUCGUAUGGCGUGAUCUAGCUGAAGCAUUAUUAGCGCAACUGCAGUUAUUUAAUCGAAAACGUGCGGGGGAGUUAGAAAGAUUUGAAAUUCAGGAUUACGAAAAAAUGACAUUCAUCACAGAAAAAGACGAAGGUUAUGAAUUACUGUCUGAGUCAGAUAAAAAAGCAGCCAAAGAAUAUGGUCGUGCUACAAUAUGUGGUAAACUACAUAAAAAUGUGCCAUUGCUGCUUAAUUCAAAAGUUCGAAAAGGUCUUAUUGAGUUGUUGAAAUUUCGUACUGAGGCAGGAGUCAGUUCUAGAAACCCAUUUGUUUUCGGGAUAGCAGGUUAUUACAAAGAUUCUCAUCUCUGUGCUAGUACUGUUUUAAGAAAAUUUUCGGAAGAAUGUGGAGCUGAAAGACCAGAUUUACUCCGUGGCACUGGACUCCGUAAACAACUUGCUACGAAGUGUACUGAGCUACAGCUAAACCCCGGAGAAGUUUCAAAAGUAGCUGACUAUUUAGGGCAUGAUAUAAAUAUUCAUAAGAAUAUUUAUCAACAACGUGCUAAAUCUGAUAUACUCAAUAUGUCUAAAAUUCUACAUAUAGCCCAAAAACCAGAUCGUUCAUCUGAUGAUUCAACCAUAUCUAUGAAUUCUACACAUAACUUAGAGACUGAAAAUUCAACAAAUGCAAGUUUUCCAGACACAUCGAGUAAUAACCAGUCUCAUGUUGACGAUCAUCAAGAUAAGAGUGAUACUGUUAAUUCAUCAAAGGACUCGAAUUUCAAAAUUACAUCUAAAGCUAAAGUUACUUUUAAAACACAAGUAACAAAAAAUUCAGCUGAAUCUAAAAAAAUCACUCGAGCUCGCUGGAGUGAAGAUGAAAAAAAAACAAUUCAACGUUACUUUGCUGAGUAUUUAAGAACGAAAAGCCUUCCUUCGUUUCAACUAAUAAAAAAAUUUAAAGCUCAGUAUAAUAUUUUACCAGGUCGCAGUCCACAAAUUAUAAAAACUUAUAUAAGUAAUUUUCAUCGUACGAUGCCGAAAGUAAAUCAAAUUAAUAAGAGCGAAAAAAACAAAAGUCAAUUUCAUUCAAAUGAUAAAAAAAAUUACUUUUAAUCACUUUAAGCUCUUAUUUCUAUUUUCUUUUGCUUUAAAA